AUGACAGAGACUAGAACGCCAUCAAAUUCUUUAAGAGAUCGAGCGACUUUAUUCGUUAAUGAAGAAGGUGAUGAUGAUAAUGAUGAAGAACAACAACAACUACACGAGAACUCGAUACAAAAAAACGGUAUAGAAGGUUCUAAUAGUGAAGAGGAAGGAGCUGCUACCAGUAAUAAGGGGUCUAUGACACGUCCUAGGUCCGAAGUAAACGGUGAUGACGAUGAUGGUAAUGAAGACGAGAGAGAUCCGAAAAGACGUCACUAUGGUUCUUAUUUGAUCCCCAAUGUAGGAGAAUCAUACAUGGAUUAUGUGGAUCCAGAAGUUGAUGUAGAUUUAUUGAAACGUGGGGAGGUAACUUUUCUAAAUUUCCAAAGAUCGAUACAUGGCCAAUUAGAUGAAGUAGUUUAUGAAUUAAUUCGAACAAAAUCAUUAACUGAAGAAACAUUAGCUGCGAAUUUCCCUCAUUUCCAUGCUCCCACUAGAUGUGCCUUGUUUAAAAGAAGAUAUGUUGCUGAUAAUGAAGGUAGAGUACGUGAUCAAUUGAGAGGCAAUAGAAUUGUUUGUGAUCCCGUGUUAUUAUAUGAAAUGAUGAUGACAUGCCAUUUAAUGAAUGAUCAUGCACAAUAUAGGAGAUGUCAUGUAGCACUUUCAUCUAUUUAUGCUAAUAUAACUCGUGAUUUCUUAUACAAAGCCGUUCAAUUUUGUUCAGUUUGUAAUCCAAGUAAACUUGUUGGUCCACUUUUAAAAUUUAAGCAUGUUAAUUAUUAUAAGGGAAUGUUACCAUUGGAAAGAGUUCAUAUUGAAAUUUUUGAACCAUUUAAUGGUAAGAAAAUUGAAGGGAAAUAUUCACAUGUCAUAUAUUGUAGAGAUUAUCGAUCAAGAUAUAUAAUGUUAGAACCAUUGAAGAAUACUAAAUUUAAAAAUUUAGUUUCCGCUAUUGCUAAAUUACUUUUCAAUUUACCCAGAAUACCAAUAUUUAUUGAAACUGUUUCAUUAAAUACACAAGAUGCAUUUGAUAUCUUUGAAGCCAUUGUGGAAAAAUAUCAAAUUAAUGUAGGCCUUGGUAUGAAGACAGCAAAACGUUUCCAUACAAGAGGUGUCAAACAAAUGAAAAUUCUAUUAGAAGGCCAUAGAAAAGAAUGUUUAAAUGAUUGGACAAUGUGUUUGAAAUAUGGGCCUCACAAUUAUAAUACAAAACAUAAUGAUAGAGCAUGUGGAGUCCCAGUUGAUUUACUUACAUGUAAUGUUAAAGAUGUUACACAUAAGAGUAUUGAAAAAUAUGAACAAAUUAUUAGAACAUUACCAAAGGAUAAUAUAGUACAAAUAGGUAAUGGUUCAAUUUAUUUGGAAGAGAAAGUUAAGGAUCCUAAUAUUGAUAACUAUGAUGCUAUGCUGGGUGAAGAAUAUGAUUCUGAACAGGAAGAUAAUAAUAAUAAGAAUACGGAUCAAGAUCUUGCUUAUGAACACCCUGAUUAUGAGUAUGACGAGGAACAGUUGAAAAGACGACCUGUGUAUGGUAUUUCUUCAUCGACAGAUAAAGAAAAAGAAAGCGAAUCGAUAAUGAAUGAUAACCAUGUGGAAGAGAAUAUUGAAGAAGAAGAAGAAGAUCAAAUACAAAUCGAUUCUAAUCCAGAGGAUAAUGCGGAUAGUAAUAAUAAUGAUGAUGCUGAAGAGGAAAAAGACGAAAAAGAAACUGAGCAAAAGUACUUAGAUAAACGUGAUAAAUCUAAUGAUAUUUCUUAUGAUGUAUCGAGAGAUGAAAGUGGUGAAAUCCAAGGGCCGUCAACAUCUUACUACAAUGAAAGGGUAGAAAAUGAUUCCCUUGCAGUUGUAGGUGACGAUGAUGAUAAUAUAAAAUAUUCAGUAGAGCUCUGA